AUGGCCGCUGCCGAUGCUGUCCGCGUUCGCAUCGACUACGAGACCGCCAGCCCCAGUGGGGAGGAGAUCGUCAAAGGGCACCUGCUGCUGGAUCUCCACCCCAGUUGGGCGCCCUUCUCCUGCGACCGCUUUCUGAAGAUGGUGGAUUCUGGGUUCCUGAAGGAGCAGCGGUUCUGCCGCGCCAUCUCAGGCUUCGUCUUGGACUGGAAUUACGGGCCCUGUGCGGGGACUGCAGCUGCCGCUGAUACCCACAGCCAGCUCUACAGUGAGCUGCCCUGGGCCAAGCCACGUGAGCUAGAUGCCACUGGCGCACUGCAGAAGAACCUUCCCGGCCGCAUUUCUUUCGGCCAGGAGGACGAUGGAAGCACCAAAACGGAAGUCUUCAUCAACCUCGUAGACAACUCCGGGCGCUUGGACGCCCUGGGUUUUGUGCCUUUUGGCGAGGUGGUUGGUGCGACUGGCCCACGGCUGGAGCGUUGGGAGGGUGGGCAGUUGGGUGACUUCAACUUCAGCUUUGGCGACAUCUUCUUCGAGGGAGGCGCAUCGGAAGCGAAGGCAAAGGUGAGAACGAACGUGCUCAUCUCCGGUGGCAAUGCCUACAUCGACAAAACCUACCCCAAUCUCACUCGCAUCACCAGCUGCGAGAGGGUCGGUCCACCCUAG